AAUCUGAUACCGUAGCGACCGAUUAUGCGUAUUUAGGGUGUGACCUCGCACUGUUUAGAAUUUAUACCAGUGCGGUGUGAGGUGAUGCGUACAAAAAAGCACUCUGAACAAAGCGGUAGUAAUUAGAAGAGGCGUAGAAGAUUACAAUGUAAACACAUCAUGAUAAGCAUUUAGAUAUGUGAAUGUAUUGACGAAAAAUGCUCGAGAAAUGAAAAAAUGCGAGUUCAAGAUCGAUGCGAAGAUAUCUGAACUGAAUCCAUCCGUGCUGCUAACUUUGUCUGGACCUAACACGGAUAGCGGACUUCAAGCCAAACCAGCCUAUUUUCAAGGAAUUGAAAAAUUCAUUGUUGAUUCGGAUAUUUUGUUCCCAGUUAUUGCAGAAUGCCGCGUCAUAAAAUCUCCAGCCGAAAUCGAGGUACUACGCUAUGUGGCCCGCGUCUCAUCCGACGCCCACAAGCAGGUUAUGAAGCAGAUUCGUCCAGGCUGGCAUGAGUAUCAGGGCGAGUCGGUGUUUCUGCAUCAUUCCUACUCGGUGGGUGGAUGCCGCCAUAUGUCCUAUACGUGUAUCUGUGGCGCCGGAUCCAACUCGGCCAUCCUGCACUACGGCCACGCUGGAUCCCCGAACGAUCGUCUUAUCCAGGAUGGUGACAUGUGUCUGUUUGAUAUGGGCGCCAACUAUGGCGGUUACACGUCGGAUAUAACGUGCAGCUUUCCAGUUAACGGAAAGUUCAGCGCAGAUCAGAAACUAAUCUACAAUGCUGUGCUUGCCGCGAGAGAUGCCGUAUGUGCCAACGCAAAGGAUGGUGUUAGCUGGGUCGACAUGCACCUUUUGGCCAAUCGAGAAAUGUUAGGUCAACUGAAGCAGGGUGGAUUGCUACAGGGCGAGGUGGACGAUAUGAUGGCAGCGGGGUUGAAUGCUAUUUUCCAACCGCAUGGCCUGGGACAUCUUCUGGGUUUGGAUGUUCAUGAUGUUGGUGGUUAUCUGUCCCACUGCCCGGAACGUCCCAGCGAACCAGGGGUAAACCGAUUGCGAAUGGCUCGUACGCUGAAAGCGGGGAUGUAUGUCACGAUUGAGCCUGGAUGUUACUUCAUUGAACCGUUAUUAAACAAAGCGUUUGCCGAUCCUAACUUGAGUAAGUUUCUCGUGAAAGAUCAGAUUGAUCGUUUCCGUACUUUUGGUGGCGUGCGCAUCGAGGACGAUGUACUGAUUACUCAAACUGGCAUUGAUAACUUUACCUUUGUUCCAAGAACCGUUGAAGAAAUCGAAGCAUGGAUGGCAAAAUAAUUUCAUUUGCUGAUAAGCUGUUUCUGACAUGUGUCUUUCGUGGAGAACCCAUUUUCUCCCAAUACUAUAUGAUACUCUUUACAUUUCGAGCAUAAUUGAAAUAUACGUAGAACGUUGUCAUGUUUA